GCCUUUGACGUUUCUCCGCACUGGUCGUCGUUGGUGAGCGAACAUCAUCAUUUCGAGCCACGUCUAAACUCCGACUCGACGCAAAUUUUCAUCCCUAGUUUCGGUGCGGUGAUUUUUCACAAUAAUUCGCGUUCGCGGUCCAUGUCGGUGCAGUUUUUGGAAUUCGGCGGUACAAAAUAGUGUGUCUGAACGUGCGGAAAAGCUGCGAAAAUGCCACUGCGACUGGACAUCAAGAGGCGGCUGACGUCCCGCUCGGAUCGUGUCAAAUCGGUGGAUCUGCACCCGACGGAACCAUGGAUGCUGUGCGCCCUCUACAACGGCCACGUCCACGUCAUGAACUACGAGAACCAACAGCUGGUCAAAGACUUCGAAGUGUGCGACAUUCCGGUGCGCUGUGCCCGUUUUGUGGCCCGCAAGAACUGGAUCAUCACCGGUUCGGACGACAUGCAGGUCCGCGUCUUCAACUACAACACCCUGGAGAAGGUUCACUCGUUCGAAGCGCACACAGAUUACGUCCGGUGCAUUGCGGUCCACCCCACGCAGCCCCUCAUCCUGACCAGCAGCGACGACAUGCUAAUCAAGCUGUGGAACUGGGAAAAGAUGUGGUCCAUGCAGCGGGUCUUCGAAGGCCACACCCACUACGUGAUGCAGAUCGUGUUCAACCCGAAGGAUAACAACACAUUUGCCAGCGCUUCGCUGGAUCGCACCGUCAAGGUGUGGCAACUGGGAUCAAAUGUGCCCAAUUUCACCCUCGAGGGCCACGAAAAGGGCGUCAACUGUGUGGAUUACUACCACGGGGGCGAUAAGCCCUACUUGAUAUCCGGUGCCGACGAUCGGCUGGUCAAGAUCUGGGACUAUCAGAACAAAACGUGCGUGCAGACGUUGGAAGGGCACGCCCAGAACGUUUCGGCCGUGUCGUUCCACCCGGAGCUGCCAAUUGUGCUGACCGGGUCCGAGGAUGGCACCAUCCGGAUCUGGCACUCGGGCACCUAUCGGCUGGAGACGUCGCUCAACUACGGUUUCGAACGGGUGUGGACCAUUGCCUGCAUGCGGGGAACGAAUAAUGUGGCACUUGGCUACGACGAGGGUUCCAUCAUCAUCAAGGUCGGCCGGGAGGAACCGGCCAUGUCGAUGGAUGUCAACGGCGGCAAAAUCGUGUGGGCCCGACACUCGGAAAUGCAACAGGUCAACCUGAAAGCCCUGCCGGAGGGUACAGAAAUCAAGGACGGCGAGCGGCUUCCAGUGGCCGUCAAGGACAUGGGAGCCUGCGAAAUCUAUCCCCAGACAAUCGCUCACAAUCCCAACGGACGAUUCGUCGUCGUGUGCGGCGACGGCGAGUACAUCAUCUACACGUCGAUGGCCCUCCGCAACAAGGCCUUCGGCUCGGCGCAGGAGUUCGUGUGGGCCUCGGAGAACAGCGAGUACGCGGUGCGGGAGUCCAGCGGCACGGUUAAGUUGUUCCGGAACUUCAAGGAGCGGAAGAGCUUCACGCCGGACUACGGCGCCGAAGGAAUAUUCGGAGGACAACUGUUGGCAGUUAAAACGUCCUCCGGACUGUCGUUCUACGAUUGGGAGAAUCUCGAACUGAUCAGACGAAUUGAGGUUCAACCAAGACACGUCUUCUGGAACGAAGCCGGCACCCUGGUGUGCCUGGCCACCGAGGAUUCGUACUUCAUCCUGCAGGUCGACAUCGGCAUGAUCCAGAACGCCCUGGCCACCAAGCAGCAACUCAGCGAAGACGGCAUCGAGGAAGCGUUCGAUGUUCUCGGCGAAGUCAACGAAGCCGUCCGCACCGGUCUGUGGGUCGGGGACUGCUUCAUCUACACCAACUCGGUGAACCGGAUCAACUACUACGUCGGCGGCGAGAUCGUUACCAUUUCCCAUCUGGACCGCACCAUGUACUUGCUCGGAUACGUGCCCAAGGAUAAUCGCCUCUACCUCGGCGACAAGGAACUGAACGUGACCAGUUUCGCGCUGCUCCUGUCGGUGCUCGAGUACCAGACGGCCGUGAUGCGACGAGACUUCGAGACGGCCGACCGGGUCCUGCCGACCAUCCCCAAGGAGCACCGCACCCGGGUGGCCCAUUUCCUGGAGAAGCAAGGUUUCAAACAGCAGGCGCUGCAGGUUUCCACCGAUCCGGAGCACCGGUUCGAUCUGGCGCUGCAAAUCGGCGAUCUGGACACGGCCCUGGUGCUGGCUCGGGAAUCGGACAGCCCGCAGAAGUGGUCCCAGCUGGCCAGCAUCGCCACCAGCAAGAACAAAUUCGAUCUGGUGAAGGAGUGUCUUACCAAUGCGAACGACUUUGGAGGGCUGCUGCUGCUGGCGACCAGUUCCGGCGACGUCGACAUGCUGCGGAAUCUGGGCGAGAACGGCGUCUCGCAGGGCAAAUUCAACAUCUCCUUCCUGUCGAUGUUCCUGCUGGGCGAUCUGGAGAAGUGUUUGGAAAUUCUCAUCCAAACCAACCGGAUACCGGAAGCGGCGUUUUUCGCUAGAACCUACCUGCCGAACAAGGUGUCCUACGUGCUGGACAUCUGGCGAACGGAGCUGGCCAAGAUCAACGAGAAGGCCGGCCAAAGCCUGGCCGACCCGCAGCAGUACGAGAAUCUGUUCCCCGGUUUCUACGACUCGGUCAAGACGCAGCAGUUCCUGCUGCCGGAACGGUCAGCCCUGUUGCCGGCCCGGGCCGCCAUCGAUGUCCCACUGAACAUCGACCGAGAUCCGGUGGCAGAAAUGAAGCAAGCAGAAAACGAGGGACGGUUCGAUUACGAUCCGAGUGCCAGCAGCAGUGCGGAAGGAGCCGCUGUCGGCGCAACGCAGAGUAAACCCACAUCCAUCAGCACAAAGGACAGUACUGCGGUGUCGGUUACGCCCGGCCGUGGACCACCACUGGCUGAAAAUACCCCUGCCAGCCAACCAGUCGCUGCCGCCACCAACCCGAUCAAGCGAAAGAGCUCGCUCGACGACUUCGAAUCCGAGAUCGAAGCCCUCAAUCUGGACGAUAAUAUCGAUACUUCGGAUGUAAAUAUAGACGAUGACCUGUUGAGUGAUUGAACAGGACUGCGGCAAUAGAAGCGACAGAGAGCGAGACAGCAUUUUUCCCUUGCUGAGAUCAUCCCCCUUUUACUAGGCGAUAGGAGAGUAUAUAGAAGUUUAUAGUAAUUAAAUCUAAUGGAAGAAAAUUAUGUUAAGGAAAGUAUAAAAAAAGAAAAAGGCAAAGAUUCAAAAAACUGAAUAAAUUGCGAAGCAAAACAAACUGAAAACCCAACUUCUGUGCAACAAUUUAAAAUGCACGUGUAUGUGAUGGAUGAUACAGAAGAUCACACGGAGCAGAUCAAGUAUUGCAGAAUAUAACUAGGAUUCCUCUUCUGUUCCGUUGACUACAUUUCUAGAUAAUGUUAGGUAAUUUUCUUGAUUUUCCAAACGAUUCGUAAAUCCCGAAGCUGCGCACGGCAUGAUUAAAACUUGUUUUGUGUGUAUGAUUGAAUGAGAGCUAGAUAGAGUGUGAUCGACGAGGAAGCGAACCAUGUUGCUAAUUUUUUUCAAUUGCUGUCUGAAGGGAUUAUUUUCCGAUAUGUUAUCUAGCAAUCGGACGGCCGAUUGAUUAUUACGAUUCUACUGAGUUACUUUAUUGGACACGACGUAUAUAGCUUCUACUUAUUAACGAUGGAUACAUUGAUUGGCUAGUUCUUCUCUUUGUUGUACACCCUAAACUAUUGGACAUCUCUUGGGACUCCACUGAAAAGAAACAAAAAAAAAUACAGAAAAGAUAAAUAGUUUACUGAAAGGAAAGGAAAUCCAGGCGAUGCUACUAAUAUAAGAAAAAUCAGUAUAUUAC